GCCGCGUCGCGAAACAUUGCCAUUGGCAGCACACGCCGCGGGUGACGAGCCCCCCGACCUGGCGAAGAGCGCGCGGGGACGGCGCUCAUGUCGGCGGAGAUGACCCAGCGCGGCACGGGCGGCGGCACGCAGCACGGGCGCAUGCCCUACCGGGACCUGCGGCAGGAGGAGUCGAUCAACCCCGGCGUGCGGCGGCGCCAGCGGCUCGCGUCGUGGAAGACGGUGCCCGAGUCGUUGAACUUCACGGUCGAGGAGAACGAGGUCUGGCGCACGAAGCAGGCCCAGCUCCAGUACACGAACCGGAACCGGUGGUGGACGUCGUCGACGAGCACCACUUUUAAGCGGUGGGUGCUGACCAUGGUCGUCGGCGUGCUCACGGGCGUCGUGGGCAUCUUCAUCACCUACUUCACGCAGUACUUCACGCGAAUCAAGUUCGCCGCGGUGCGCGACGUCAUGGACAGGGAGGCGGCGGGCGACCUGGCGCGCGGCGCCGCGUUCUUCGCGUACCUGGGCUUCAACGUCUUCUUCGUCUGCGUCGCGACGCUCAUGGUCUGGAUCGAGCCCGUGAGCGCCGGCAGUGGCAUCCCCGAGGUCAAGUGCUACCUCAACGGCAUCAACAUCCCCCGCAUCGUCCGGUUCCGGACCUUGGCGUGCAAGGCGCUGGGCGUGCUGUUCUCCGUCGCGGGCGCUCUACCGGUGGGCAAGGAGGGCCCCAUGAUCCACUCCGGGUCCGUCAUCGCCGCGGCGCUGGCCCAGGGCACGCGGUCGACGUCGGCCUUCGGCACGGACUGGCGCGUGCUGGAGUUCCGGACGGACCCGGAGAAGCGGGACUUCGUCGCGUGCGGCGCGGCCGCGGGCGUCGCGACGGCCUUCGGGGCGCCCAUCGGCGGCGUGUUGUUCGCCCUGGAGGAGGGCGCGUCCUUCUGGUCCACGGCGCUGACCUGGCGCUGCUUCUUCUGCGGCAUGAUCACGAUCUACACGCUCUACGUCGUGCGGAACACGGAGAACCUCUGGGGGUCCGCGGACUCGACGAAGAUGUUCUCCUUCGGCGAGUUUACGAGUUUCCGGGACGGCAUGGCGAACUUUAGCGUCUGGGAGCUGCUCCUGUUCAUCGUCCUGGGCGCGCUCGGCGGGCUGACGGGCGCGCUCUUCAACGGCAUGAACCAGGGCAGCAAAAGGGUGAUUCAAUGUCGCUUCAACGUGAGUCUGGUGCCCUUCGGGUGCCCGGACGACGAGUACAACGAGGUCGCGUCCCUCUUCUUCACGGAUAGCGACACGGCGAUCAAGCAGCUCUUCCACUUCCGGGAAUCCGGCGUCUUCAACCAGGACGUCGAGACGUUCAGCUCGCUGGCCGUGGCGACGUUCUACGUGCCCUACUUCCUGCUCGCGUGCCUCACCUACGGCAUCGCCGUGCCCAGCGGCCUGUUCGUGCCGUCGCUGCUGAGCGGCGCGGCGCUGGGGCGGCUCGUGGGGCACCUGCUGCACCGGCUGGACGCGCAGAGCGGCACGUUCGCGGACGCGGGCACGUACGCUUUGGUCGGCGCGGCCGCGGGGCUCGGCGGCAUGGCGCGCAUGACCAUCUCGCUGACCGUGAUCCUGCUGGAGGCGACGGGCAACGUGGCGAACCUGCUGCCGCUCAUGCUCGCGCUGAUGGCCGCGCGGUGGGUCGGCAACGUCUUCAACCACGGCUUGUACGACGUCCACAUCCGGCUCAAGCGCCUCCCGUAUUUGGAGGAGGACGCGCCGCGCGUGGCGCUGGAGCGGUCGGCGUCCGCGGCCCAGUGCAUGAGCCGAGAUGUAUUGACGUUCCCGCCCCUGGCCACCGUCGGCGACGUCUACGACACGCUCGCCAACUGCAAGCACGCGUGUUUUCCCGUCGUCGCGCGCGACGACGGCCGCCUCGCGGGGACGAUCAUGCGCCACACGCUCUGCAUGCUCAUGAAGCACCGCGCCUUCGCGGCGCCGGGCGAGGACCCGAAGGACCGCGACGACCUGCGGACGCGCGCGCUGAGCCCGCUGCUGUCGUCCGCGCUCUUCGAGCGCGCGUACCCGAAAUUCCCCGAGGUCGACGAGCUCGAGCUGAGCGACGCGGACCGGGGCUGCUGGCUGGACCUGAGGCCCUACGCGGACACGGCGCCCUUCUCCGUCCAGGACUGCUGCUCCGUGCAGCGCGCGUACCGCCUCUUCCGCACGCUCGGGCUCCGGCACCUCUGCGUCGUCGACGCGCGCAACCGGCUCCGGGGCAUCAUCACGCGCAAGGACCUCGACGAGCCCACGCUCGACGAGAAGCUGUCCUGGGUCAACGACGACGCCGACGCCCUCGAGAGCUUCUCCGUCGAGGCGCACCCGUCGACGAUGGCGCGCUUCGCGAUCUGACGCCGGCGCGACCGCGGCGGCCUCGCGGACUUCCGCCGGCGCUACGGCUGGAUGACCGCCGCGCCACGGCGCGGCGCGACGCUUGCGACGGUGGUGGUCUAAUUCGAGGGUCCUGGU